GCUAUUUUGGCUGGUUUGGGUCCUGAGUAUCGGUCCUUUGUCACUAAUGUCUCUUUAUUCCCCGACCAAUUUCCCUAUGAUAUUCUACAACCCCGACUUUUGGAGGAGGAGCAACGGGUCUUGUCUAAACGCCAACAACAACCAGCCGCUGGACAUCAAGCCUUUGCGGCUGCUGCAGCAGAGGUCAGCCACCAGCUGGCUACGCCAAUCGCGGCAGAGGGGGCCGCGGUAGGGGACGCGGCAGGCAAGGUCGAGGACGUGGCAGGGGACCACCGUAUGGGUAUCAGCACCAGGCCGCGCCGUUUUAUGCUCCACAGCAGCAUGCCCAUGCUCCGCAACAUGGAUUCGGAUCUGUCCAGCAAGGCUUCGGGCAGCAGGGGUUCGGUCAUCCACAUGCUUCAACUCAGGGGGUGCCUAAUUCUCAAGGGAACACUUCAGGUUUUUCAUCAGGAGAGGGAAUUCUUGGUUCUGUUCCACCACCUGUUGUUUGUCAGCUUUGUUUUUCUGCAGAUCAUUCUACACUUCAGUGUCCCUCUCGUUAUGCUCCACCGUCUGCACCAGCUCUGUUAACUUCCAAUGGUGACUCCAACACUGCUUUAUGGUACCCUGACUCUGGGGCUUCGGCUCACAUGACUCCUACGAAAGGACAAAAUCACGGGGACCAUCCUCCUUCAAGCUCCUAGUCAAGGUCAUCUAUAUCCAGUCAGCCUCAGCCCUCAGUCACCGCUUACUUUGACUUCUCUUGAUUUGUUUAGCUCUCUUUGGCACCAUAGAUUAGGCCACUGUGGCAACUCUAUUUUAAAUACUUUACGUAGUCAACAUCAUAUAUCUAGUAACUUUAAGUUAUCUCAUGACUGUAUUUCUUGCCGCUUAGGCAAAUCUCAACGUUUACCCUUUACGGUUGCUAGUCAUAAUUCUACAAUGCCUUUACAAUUAAUUCAUUCUGAUGUUUGGCGAUCUCCUAUUUUAUCUAAUUUAGGUUUUAAAUACUAUGUCUGUUUUAUUGAUGACUUCUCUCGCUACACUUGGCUGUAUCCCAUGCGCACAAAGGCUGAAGUUUUUCAUCACUUUAAAUCUUUUAAAUCUUUAGUUGAAAAUCUUUUUAACACUCAAAUUAAAAUUUUUCAAAGUGAUGGAGGGGGUGAAUUUGUUAAUACUAAUAUGCAGCAAUUUUUUGAUACUCAUGGAAUUUAUUUUCGCAAAUCUUGUCCUGACACACCUCAACAAAAUGGGGUGGCUGAACGAAAACAUCGACAUCUGCUCGAAAUUACUAGGACUAUGCUUCUUCAAGCCUCUAUUCCUAGCCAGUUUUGGGUAGAUGCCAUUUUUACUGCUGCAUAUAUUAUUAAUCGUUUACCUUCUCCCUUGCUUGGUAACUUUUCUCCAUAUGAAAGACUCUUUCAAAAAUCUCCUGAUUAUGCUUUUAUGCGUUUGUUUGGAUGUUCGUGUUUUCCUAAUAUUUAUGCAUCUUCUGCAAAUAAACUUUCAGCCCGUUCUAUUCACUGUGUCUUUAUUGGCUAUGCAUCUGGUUAUAAAGGGUAUCGUUGUCUUGAACCUAAGUCUGGUAAAGUUUAUGUCAGCCGUCAUGUUAAGUUUCUAGAAACUAACUUUCCUUUCUCCUCUUUAUCAUCCUCCUUCUCGGAGUCAUCCAUUUCCUCUGACUUUCCCCAAUUAACUCUUCCCAACACCAUACGAGCCCAUAUACCUCCUCCUAUGGCACUUUCCCAACACAUUGCAGGGCCACUUCUACACUCACGGCCACUACAGCAACUGACACCAACCCCUCCUAUCCCGGUCACCACAGCACCCGACACCACCCCAACCAGUACUUCGUUAACUUCACCAACCCUUUCUUACGCCACCCAACCAGAAACCACUCCCACAACUGCGCCACCUUCUGCCGACACCAAGACCACAUCAGUAAUGCCUUCGCCCAAUUCAAUAGCCAGUUCUCUACCCCAUGUCCCGAGUUCACCCACCUCUCACUCCACAAGCUCCCUUGGUCCCCAGGUUAAUAUUCAUCCCAUGCAAAUCCGGGCUAAGUCCGGUAUUUUUAAACCCAAAUCAAUUUUUACAUUAAACACAGUUAUGAGUGCACCUGAUCCAACUUGUUACUCUGAGGCUCAGAAACAUUUAAUUUGGCGUGAGGGUAUGGCAGAUGAAUUUAAUGCACUUAUCUCUAAUAAUACUUGGGAGUUAGUCCCGUUUGCUAAAUCUAAAAAUGUGGUUGUGUCUAAAUGGAUUUACAAAACUAAAUUUCAUUCUGAUGGGUCUAUUGAGCGCCAUAAAGCACGUUUGGUUGCUCAAGGAUUUAAUCAGCAGGCUGGUGUUGAUUUCUCUGAGACUUUCAGUCCCGUAGUUAAACCCACCACAGUUCGUAUAGUUCUUACACUUGUUAUUUCGUUUGGGUGGGUUAUGUGUCAAUUGGAUGUGAAAAAUUCAUUCCUUCAUGGCCAUCUUACUGAAGAGGUCUAUAUGCGUCAUCCGCGGGGUUUUGUUCAUCCUCAAUUUCCCCAUCAUGUGUGUCGUUUGCGCAAGGCUAUUUAUGAUCUAAAACAGGCCCCGCGAGCGUGGUUUCAUCGAUUCAGUAGUUUCUUACGUACUCAUAAUUUUGUGUGUAGUAAGUCAGAUAAUUCUUUGUUUAUUUUUCGUCAAGGGAAGUCAGUUAUGUAUUUAUUACUAUAUGUCGAUGAUAUCAUUAUUACUGGCAAUUCUCCCUCUCUUGUGUCCUCUUUCAUUGCUUGCAUUGCUUCACAUUUUGCUCUGAAAGAUCUCGGUGAUCUCCAUUACUUUUUGGGGAUCCAAGCUGUUCGCACAUCUACAGGUUUGUUUCUUUCUCAACAAAAAUAUGUCUCAGAUCUUCUUCUUCGUUUUCAUUUACACACUCUCAAGUCUGUUCGUACGCCAUUAGCCACUCGUACAUCUCUCUCCCUCACUGAUGGAGAACUUUUGUCUGAUGCUACGGAAUAUCGUAGUAUGGUAGGUGCAUUACAGUAUUUAACUUUGACAAGACCUGAUAUUACUUAUGCAGUUCAUUUAGUGUCUCAAUGUAUGCAUGCCCCACGCACCACUCACAUGCUUGCUGUCAAGCGCAUCUUUCGUUACUUACAGGGAACCAUUGAUCACGGAUUAUGGCUUCAGCAGUCUGUUCGCCCUAUGUGUAUUUUGGCUUAUUCUGAUGCUGAUUGGGCAGGAUGUCCGGAUACCUCUCGUUCUACUACAGGUUUCGCUGUUUUCUUGGGUCCAAACCUUGUCUCAUGGAAGUCCAAGAAGCAGCCUACAGUCUCUAAAUCUUCUACCGAGGCUGAAUACCGUGCCAUUGCAUAUACAGUUCAAGACACAUUACACAUUCGAUCGGUCCUAUUUGAGCUUGGUUAUGCAAUCCGCGAGCCUGUUCAGUUAUUAUGUGAUAAUAUCUCUGCUUCUUACCUGACAACUAAUCCUAUUCAGCAUGCACGCAGCAAGCAUAUUCAAAUUAAUUAUCAUUUUGUUCGUGAGAGAGUGGCUGAUGGUGAUCUGGUCGUGAAGUAUGUUCCUACACGUUUGCAACUUGCGGAUAUUUUUACUAAAAGUUUAUCUAGUCAGCAGUUUCAUUUUUUAAAAGACAACCUGCGCGUUGUAUCUCCCGCACAGCUUGAGGGGGUGUAAUAGUUAAUAUAAAUUAGGAAUCCUUGUGUAUUUUGGCAACUCUUAUUUUACUAUAAAUAUACCUGCCAGGACUCCUAUUGGAGUACGGUUUUCCCAAUUAUCUCACAAGUACUAGUAAUAAGUAAUGAGGGGAUGAGACGGGAAAUAUUGGCUGGGAUGGGAGGAGCAAAGGGGCGUGCAUUUACUGCAUGCAUUGCGUGUUUAGGCAACUACCGUUCUCGGCCGGGCAAAGCCAUGUGGCGAAUGUUGUUUCGGGACCUCGCCCAUUCAUGCAUGAUGCCAUUUAUAUAUUCGUACAAAAACGGAUACUACAUUACUACCGCUAUUUUAAACGUAUCAUGGUUUAAAAUUGCGGAUCGCAGCCGGCUCCGCUACCGCUAUUGCAAUGUGAAUGCGAAUCAAGAUGAAAUCUGUUAGGGAACCGCGACGGAUCCGCUACGUCGUUGUAACACCCCGACCUUGCAGGGUUUGAGGAGCUUGUUGGAUCAUAAUGUUUUGUUGAUGACAAACAACUAGUGUUACUAUUGGUCCAUAAGUGAUUGCAGGAAAGGUAGUCUAACUCGUGAUUUGAAACAAACCGUAGACCUGGACCUAGAACUGUCCGCCAGAUCCAAGAUUAAAUAUAUUGACUUACUUAAAAAUAUUUUUUCUCUCUAUUGAAGUUCGAUUUUGUCUUGCUAAAUUAAAGAGAAUUUUUUAUUAAGGAAAUAAUCAAUGAUCAUACAAAGAAAUGAUUUAUUCUUUAAAGGAAAGCUAUUUAAAUCAAAGGCAUUAAUUAGGAGAUUUCUCUACAAAGCAAGUUUCCAAAAUAAAAGGAGUUACUUAAAAUUCAAAUUGGAUUUUCGUGCAUCUCCACUCACAAGAAAUGUUUCCUUAAGAAAAAUAUUUUCCUUCACACAAAUAUAAAGAAUAUCUUUUAAUACCUAUAAGAAAAUAUUUUUUGAAUAAUUUUUAUGCAAGAGGACCGAAAUAUAUAUAUAUGGAGAUCCGGGCUAUUAAAGAUAGUACAUCAAGUCUUAAUCUUACACAUUUAAGAAGACCGAGCUCAAAGGAAAGAAUUUGUUGAGUAUGAAGUUUUGUUGAUGAUUAACCUUGCAGGGACAAGGGAAAGAACUAUCCUAAGGUCUACACGGGCAUUCACAUUUACUUGACUAACCAUGCAGGUGGAUCAAUGGAUAGAACUACUAUCAAUUCUGUCAAGAACAGAAGAUACGAGGACGGGGAAGAUAGUUGGGCGUGGCACUGAACACCGAGGACUCUACUAUGUGGAUGGGAUGGCUCAACAGGGUGCUGCGAUGCUGACUCAAGGACUGACAGAGGAACAGACUUGGCUUUGGCAUCGGCGGUUAGGACACCCAUCCAUAGGAUAUCUACGAUUAAUUUAUCCAAACCUUGUUACUUCACACCCUUUGAACUGUGAAACAUGUUUUCUGGCUAAGAGCCAUCGUCACUCUUUUAAACUUAAUAAUACUCGUGUGAAGUCAGUUCUCUCUUUACUUCACUCUGAUAUUCGGGGUCCAGCUCCG